UGUAUUUUUGUGAUAAAAAAUGUAAAUAAAUUUUUUGCUCUGGAACUCUAGAAAGUAGAAAGUGAAUAAAUCGCAUGAGUAAGAACUGUAAAAAGAAGCCAUUAAAAUUUGUCUCUGACAAAUACCUAAAAUGGAUUCAAAGAAAAUAUCUUUUGGUUUUAACAAACUUUCGAAAAAAACUAAUAUAAUACCUUCAACUUCAAGAGUUAAAGAGACUAAAGUAGAGUUAAUAGAAUGUUUGGAAGAACAAUCCAUUAAAAUUAAAGGUGCUGUUGAAGAGAUAAAAGAACCUCUUGUUAUACCGAUGAAAGACAACGAGAGAAGUCUUUUAGACCGUAUUAGGGAGGCUAAAGGAAAAAACCGCGUUGUGAAGGCUGAUACAGAAGACACUCGCUCAGAUUCUGAACUAACACCUGACGAACUAGCUGCUAGAGAGUUAUUAAAAGAGGCUAAGAAUCGAUUAAUCAAUGGAGAUUCAGAUAAUGCUAAUAAAGUUUCUAUUCUACCUAUAAAAGAACAGCAACUAACACUAGAAGGUGAAAAACAACCCACUUUAGAAGACUAUGAAUCCAUACCGAUAGCUGAUUUUGGCCUGGCCCUUCUGAGGGGAAUGGGUUGGAAGGAGGGUAUGCCUAUUGGCAAAAAAGUAUCCAAAUCGGCAGUGUUGCCUGAACCAGAACUUCGACCAAAAGGAUUAGGUUUAGGAGCAUCAAAAAUGAUUCAGUCAGAAAAAUCAAACAAUAAACAAUUAGACAAAGAAGGAAAUGAGCUGAUUUUAGUUAAAGGAGCAUAUGCAAAAAUAAUUGCUGGAGCACAAAAGGGAAAUUACUGCCAGGUUCAAGGAUUUGAUGAGGACGGUGGUAGAGUUAUUAUUAAAGUACAUCCAAAAUCGGAGAUUAUAAAUAUAAACGAAAUAAUGUUAAUGCCUGUAACUAAAGAAGAAUUUUCUAAGGGUUCGAAAGUCUUAAAUAAUGCAAAAUUUGAAGAGUUCAAAGAAAUAUCAGACAGAAAAUUGAAGCAGGAGAGACAAGAUUCAAAAGUAGAAGUGAAUAUUAAAAAAAGUUCUAGUGAUCAUAGGGUAUAUAAAAGCAGUUCUAAAACUAAUAAAUACGAAGAUAGAGGUCAUAUAAAAGGUGAAGCAUCUUCAUCUGAUGAGGAAAAAGAUACGAAAGAAGAGCAUUACAAAAAAUCGAAGAAAUCAAGAUAUAAAAGGAGAAGCAGUUCUUCGUCGGAUAGUGAAUAUACCAGUAGUAAGAAAAGUCAUAGAAAUAAAUCUAAUUAUAAGGACAGAGGUAGGUCUAGUGAUAGGCACAAAAAGAGUAGUAGUUACAAAAGCAAAACAAGACAGAGUAGUAUAAGCGACAGUGAUUCAGAUCAUAAGAGAAACAGGAGGAAAAUGAAAUCGAGCCGUUACAGACGCGGCGAUAGUAGUGAAGAAGACUCCAGACGUCAAAGCAGAAGAAAAUAAAUAUAUUUAUUGUAUGUAAAAAAUAUAUUUGGUCUUUUA